CACCCUGGAGCCCUGCAGGCAUCCCUGGACCUCAGUCUGGGGGACUCUCUGCAUCCGUUCUUGUGAUCAACUUAAAGUCUGACCAAUUGUUAAAUGAUAUUUGAAUACAUUCUAGGUAGUUAUAUCAUCAAUGGUCGGGGGGGAAAAAGGGAGGACUUGUGUCAACACCACUGCCAGCGAUAAUCUUCACUGCAGGCUACAGUGUCUGAUAUCAACAGGCCCUCGAGACACGUCCCGUUCACACCGCGCGCUAACCACGGGAGAGUGAUGGUGCUCCCGAGCAGUCCGAGGAGCGCAAUUACAAUUUCUCGGCUGCCAUUCAAACGCACGGAGGCUCUACGGAGAGGAGGAUAGACGCGGCAGGGGGAAAGGACGCCUCCGUACAUCCAUCCAUUCAUCAAAUCCGCUCUCUCCGCACGCCUGGACAUCCCGCGUGCCCCUAACCAGCCUGCGCGGAGGCGCGAGACUACACCACGAGCUCCGGUCCCUGUCGGUCCGUCUGCGGCGAACAACGCUUCGCCACGCGCAUACCGAGGGUCCUCCCUGCUUGCUGAUCUGAAGCUCUGGUACUCAUCUCUGGCCAGAGUGGACAGCAACCCCCCUCAGUGAACAGCACCAUGACCCAGGAGGGGCAGGCUCUGCCCUCUCCCACCCCACCAGAGAACCCUGUGGAGACCAAUACAGCCACCACCACCGACCCGCCCACAGAAACACACAACCAGGCAGAGCAGGACAAGCUGGGGGCUGGGGCAAAGGACGAGAGAGAGGAGGGGAAACAACAGGAAGAGAUCAGAGAGGGGGAGGAGGAGGCACAAGGGGAGAUACACGGGGAAGGAGAGGGGAGGGAAGACCUAAAGGAUGAGGGAGUAGAGGGUGAGUUGAAAGAAGAGAGGGUAGAUGGCACUGGUGAUGAGCAGCAACAGACAGACGGAGGGGCGGAGGGAGAGAGGGAUGGGACGAUGGGGGAAGGAUGUAUAAAUGUGGAGGUAAGCUCAACGGGGGAGGAGGAAACACAUGGGGCGGAGGGGGUGAAAGAAGAAGAGGAGGGAAAGGAAAAUGAAGAGAUGCAACCGUCUACAGAGGAGGAGGCAGCUCACCCUCAACAAGCUGGCCGACUGGAAAAUGGCAUAGGUGGGAAUGAAGACGAAGAUGAAGCAUGUGAGGAGGACGAUGGAGGAGAUGAAGGGGGGGCUCAUACACACUUGGACGCUUUCAGCUCUAACUUUGAGACGACUGUAGAACAGGCCGACACAGAAGUGGAGGAAGAGGAGGAGGAGGAGGUCGAGAAAGAGGGCGAUGGGAGAGAAAACCAGGACAGUUUCAGCUCUGUGUUUGAGCAGAUUGUUGAGCAGGUUGUUCAGGAGGAGGAAGAGGAGGAAGAGGAGAGGGAGUUGGAAGAAGAGAGGGAGAAAGGUAGGGUGGACAAUAAAGACGGCUUCAGCUCCACGUUCGAGCGCAUCGUAGAGUCUGCCCUGCUGAGGGGCGGGACCUGCUACAGCAGCCUGGACUCUCUGGACGUGCUGUCACUCACAGAUGAGACAGACAGCUGUGUCAGCUUCGAGGCGCCACUGACGCCGCUCAUCCAACAGAGGGCGCUGUUACAGGGUCCUGAACCCCUGGAGCUGGAGCUGGCAACUGUUCUGGAGCAAGAAGGGGCUGAGGCUGGACCAGAUGCCCCAGGGGGUGAUCUCACAGCCUGGGAGAGCACUGUCCGUGGAGCUGGAGCUGUGGCUGGAAUAGGAGGAAGCCCGCUGAGGACCACCAUACCUGGGAGCAGGUCAGAGUUUGUGCUGAGCCAGCCCGGACGCUGGGCCAUUCCUAAUGGAUACCACACAGACUCCCAGGGAGCCAUAGAAGGUUGUGGAGCCAUGAUAAACUCUGUCAGUGAUGCCAACCUCACAGACGUGCUGUCUGACUCAGAGGAGUGCGAUUUGGGCAGUCUGGAGCGUUUGGAGCGCGGCAGCACAGACACACUAGCCAAUGGCUGCCGAGCCGACUGUGAGGCCGCCAAGAGGCUGGCCAAGCGCCUCUAUCACCUCGAGGGCUUCAAACGCUGCGAUGUGGCCAGACACCUGGGCAAGAAUAACGAGUUCAGCCAGUUGGUGGCAUCAGAGUACCUGAGUUUCUUUGAUUUCUCCGGCCUGUCGCUGGAUCGAGCCCUGAGGAACUUCUUAAAGGCCUUUCCACUGAUGGGAGAGACCCAGGAGAGAGAGAGGGUCCUUGUUCAUUUCUCCAGACGCUUCUGCCACUGCAACCCACAGACACCCACCUCUGAAGGUCAGAGUCGUGAGGGUGGUGGUAAUGAUGAUGAUGACACCGAUGAUGGAGCCCACACAUUAACCUGCGCCCUUAUGCUGCUUAACACCGAUCUACACGGACAUGUGAACAUUGGGAAGAAGAUGUCUUGCCAACAGUUUAUCAGUAAUCUAGAUGGCCUCAACAAUGGGAAAGACUUCCCUAAAGAGUUGCUGAAGGUCUUGUAUAACUCAAUCAAGAAUGAGAAGCUUGAGUGGGCAGUUGAGGAGGAGGAGCUGAGGAAGAGUCUAUCAGAGCUGGUGGAGGAGCAGUGUGAGGGCGGGAGUAAGCGUGUUGCCAGGGUAACGGACGGCAGUAACCCUUUCAUCGCCAUUCCCAUUCUCUUAAAUGCCGUCACCUACAAACAUGGAGUGCUGACCCGCAAGAGCCAUGCAGACAUGGACGGCAAACGCACCCCGAGGGGUCGCCGUGGUUGGAAGAAGUUCUAUGCUGUUCUGAAGGGGAUGAUCUUGUAUCUCCAGAAGGAUGAGUACAAGCCUGACGCCGACAUUUCAGAGGUGGACCUGAAGAACGCAGUGCGGAUCCACCACGCUUUAGCCACUCGUGCCACUGACUACAGCAAGAGAGCCAACGUACUGAAGCUCAAAACGUCAGACUGGAGAGUCUUUCUGCUGCAAGCCUCUAGCGAGGAGGAGAUGAUGUCUUGGAUCUUCCGGAUAAACCUGGUGGCAGCGCUAUUCUCCGCUCCGGCCUUCCCCGCCGCCAUCGGCUCCAUGAAGAAGUUCUGUCGGCCCAUCCUGCCGUCCUCAUCCACCCGACUCAAACAGGAGGAGCAGCUGCUGAGUCAUGAGAGCAAGCUGAAGCAGAUGAGCCUGGAGCUGGAGGAGCACCGGAAAAAUUCGCCCUCAGCCGACCCCAAAAGCCGCGAGUGGGAGGAGUUCCGGCUCAAAGAGCACUACCUCACGUACGAGAAGACUCGGUAUGAGACGUACAUCAGCCUCCUUCAGGCCAAAAUCCGCGCUGAGACGGAUGACCUUGAGAAGAUCGAGGCCAGCGUGAUGGGUGGCCUGAUCAUGGAGGGUGGCCUGGCCAGCCGCGAGUGUCACCUCCGCAAGACGCAGUCCUCCCCGUCCAUCAGUCAAGCCCACGGCGGACUGAAUGGGAGAACCGCUGGAUGCACUGCCACGGGACAGAGGAGCUGAGGGGAGGAAGGAGGACCAGAGAUCACAGCCCACAAAACUACAUCCCUCCAAGCCAAACUAGCUUAAUCCUCCAACUUCUUACUAUGUUCUUGCAUUCAUUUUCUUUGUGUGUUUUGGGCUUCUCCGUUCCUCCUGACUGUCACUACCCUUCCCAGAAUUUAUCAAUCCUGGUGAUAAGUUUCUGUCCUUGAGCAAUAGAUGAAGAAGAUGAAGAGCCCGCGCUUGAUACCCAACAAGUGACCCCGCCAAACCUCAGUUCUUCAAACUUUUAUUAUUGCACAUAAAAUGAUCCGAACUGUGAUCACUAUUUAUAACAUCAGUAUUAUUUUGAAAUGAACACUCAGAGCAAUGCAGUUGUCUUUGGUUGAAAUGUGUUUUAAGUUCUGAGCAGAACUUUGAGUAAUUUAUAAUGUAUUAUUUUAAGGCCAGAUAGAGAACAAAGAAAGAGAGACAGACUGGUUUGUCCUCUCUGUCCUGCAGUCCAGGAGUCAGGCAGUCAUUCAGACGGAGAUGGUACUACUGUAGCAUUCUGGCCUUUUUAUUUCUCUCAUGUUUACACACCCAGCCAGCCACUCACAGGCGUGUGUACGGACCUAAAGUAUGGGUGGACUGUGGUGUGUGAAGAUGCAACAUAUCUGUCCAAGAGCUACAAAAGAACUUCUCAGAAGGAUCUAGUCCCUGCCAUGUAUAGCAUAUUUAUUUAUUUAUUUAAUUCUACAAACCUUUAUUCGCCCCAGGAAGGGGUUUACACUGAGCGUGCUUGCUCUUUUUCAGCAAUUUCCUUCUUGACAUUUCAUACAGUUACAUGAAUUUGUAAGUUUAAAGGAGCUGCCAAGCGUAAACGGCCGUGGUUUUAACUGUUCACCAAGCUGUUCCACUAGAGGAACUGGAGGUUGAGUGCCUUACUCAAGGGCACCUUGACACUAGUUGUUGAGGGAUUUGGAGUGUAAGUCAGUCGCUUUGUCGGAGAGAUCACAAGUCUGUUUCUGUGAUUUGUAAGCUGCCGCUACCCCAAAUACUGACACGUAUUCAGUUAUUCUGUUUGUUUUUCCUACAACUCUCUAAUGGAGAGGAUAACAGUAUGUGGCUGAAUGAAAGCACUGUGCCAUGUUCUGUUUUAUCCCACAAACUACUCCUCUUAUAUCACAGAAGAGUGCACUGAGCUAAAGGAGCUGAUAUGUAACAAUUUAUGGUUGGGUGUGAUGUUUCUGAAGAUCGACAUGAAGGACAGAACAGAAAAGUGUGGGAGGGAGGCGCAUACCGUGUGAGUGGGUCAGCUGGUGUAUGUGUGUGUGUGUGCACAUGCAUGUGUGUGUGUGUGUGCGUGUGUGCAUGCUCUUUUUUUAACUGGUUCCAGUUGAGAUGUUGAAGAUGUAGGCAACAGGAAGAAGUAAAUAUAGCAGGGUCAUGUUUUUGUAUGAAGAAUUUAUUGAGCAUGUUUAGAAACAAUCCAAUGGCCUUCUGCUGAAUAAGACUGCCAUCACAAUCAGGCCUGGAUCUCUCAAAAGCAUCUUCAGCACAAAGAACGCCAUCAACCUCGUGACAAAAGAUGUACCUUUACCUCUUAAAGCAGAAAAUCGGUCUGCGUUCUGAUUUAUAACAUGUUACAUGGACCUAUUAUAGCUUGUUUGGCCUCACAUUGGGCAUUUACUAGUACCGGUGUGUUCCUUCCACUGCCAUCCUUCCUAACAGAUGAAGAUGUUUUUGGGAAAGCAGGCUUCGGUCAAUCUUAGACAGAGACCGGCUGAUUGGAGAGUGUAGCAGCGGGACUGCUCCAGCUUAACGUGCUUAAGUCAAGAAACCUGUCAGCAUACUGGGAUGAAAAGGGGAACAGCAGCAAAACAACUCCACCAGCAGAGUAGCCAUCAAAACAUCCUCCACGUGAACAAGGAGGAGGAGAAAAGACUUGUUUUCAAGGAAAGACGCUGGUUUGGUUUUCUAAGUAAGGCUGUCUUUAACAGCCAAGAAGAGGCAAAACAGUCGGCCAGCACAUAUGUUUCCAAACGGAGGAACACAACAGAUUAAGCCUGUUUCUUAUGGAAGGAGGUCUUGUGUAUGGAGGAAGUGGGGAUGUGGUAGGAGGGGUGGCGGUACCGCUGUUUGUGAGCACCUUAAUUGAGCCCAACCCACCCAAACACACACACGCACACACGCACACACACCCCUUUCCUCUUUCUAUGUAAUUUGCUUAUGACACAACUGUAGAUCAGUGAGCUUAGUGCCCCCUCACUCAGCCUCGGUGUGGCACAGAGGCAUGUUGACAUAACCAGAGCCGUGGAUAUCAAUAGUAUGAACUAUCAUGUCUUUGGCUCUGGACACAGCGCUUCUGCUGCUUCCUAUAUAUAUCAUAUUAAUAGUGACUGAUGGGGUCUGAGAUCCUUUUGGGACUUGGCUGGAAACCUGGAAUCGCAGCUGGAAUCCUGGAACCGGAUCCUUGUACAGACCAAAAUGCUGAAGUGGAGUUGAGUUUUCAGAGAGGAAGUACCAUUUUAUAAAGCUGUAUUGUUAGGAUAAAUAACUGCUUUCUUACAGGGAGACUUCCCCUUAUAGUCACUUUGGCUGUUGUGCUAACCAUUGUUUCCCAAUGUUCUAGGGUAGGCCUGUGCUGUAAUAUAGGAUUGUGACGAAAAAUAUUUGUUGAUUGUUAUGUUUUAUUUAAAAAAUGACAACUUCGGCACUUUGAUGUCAGCAUUGGAUCUGUCUUUUUGUUUGUAUAUCGGAACUGUUUUUUGACAGGAUGCUCAUACUAUGUAAAGGACAUAUUUACUGAAUAUUUAGUCUGUGCUUCAUAAAGUAAGCUUUUAUACA